GGCGGCGGGAGGGCAAGGCCGGAAACGUCACGUCCUCCUCUUGCCCUCCGCUUCCGGCUCACUUCCGCCUACUCCGCCCUGGUCCCCAGACCGGAAGCGCCGCGCUUUAACUAGAUCUUGCUCCUCUGAGUCCAAACCCCGGCGCCGCCAAGAUGCCGGCUUACCACUCUUCCCUCAUGGACCCCGACACCAAACUCAUUGGAAACAUGGCCCUGUUGCCUAUCAGAAGUCAGUUCAAAGGACCUGCCCCUAGAGAGACAAAAGACACAGAUAUUGUGGAUGAAGCCAUCUAUUACUUCAAGGCCAAUGUCUUCUUCAAGAACUAUGAAAUUAAGAAUGAAGCUGAUAGGACCUUGAUAUAUAUCACCCUCUACAUUUCUGAGUGUCUAAAGAAACUCCAAAAGUGCAAUUCCAAAAGCCAAGGUGAGAAAGAAAUGUAUACCCUGGGAAUCACUAAUUUUCCCAUUCCUGGAGAGCCUGGUUUUCCACUUAAUGCAAUUUAUGCCAAACCUGGGAACAAACAGGAAGACGAAGUCAUGCGAGCCUACCUACAGCAGCUAAGGCAAGAGACUGGACUGAGACUUUGUGAGAAAGUUUUUGACCCUCAGAAUGAUAAACCCAGCAAGUGGUGGACUUGCUUUGUGAAGAGACAGUUCAUGAACAAGAGUCUUUCAGGACCUGGACAAUGAAGGGCGCCUGGGCAGCCAGUCUCCAGCACCUUGGGCAGCAUUUCACAGCAAGAUGUAUACGACCCUUUGCCUUUAUCUCUUAAAGUUUUAUACAGAAGCAAGAAAAGAGCAUGACUGUACUUGAAAAGCUCUUGAUCAAGAAUUUGGGGGUUGGGGGUGAGUUGUUGAAGGAUAACUUGAAAUUUUAUGCAGUAUUAAGCUGGUGCUUAAUAAGAAUGAAUAAUAAAGAACUUUCUAACGUUUCA